AUGGUGUUCCAGAGUGAGCCGGUGCCAGAGGAUAUUGCUUUUCCAGUUGGAUUUGCUUGGGGUGCAGCUACAGCAGUGUAUCAAAUUGAAGAAGACUGGAAUGCAGAUGGAAAGGACCCUAAUGUCUGGGACACAUUCACCCAUCAGGGAGGAGAUCGAGUUUUCAAGAACCAGACUGGUGAUGUAGCUUGUGGCAGCUACACUCUGUGGGAGGAAGAUUUGAAAUGUAUCAAACAGCUUGGAUUGACUCAUUAUCGCUUUUCUCUUUCCUGGUCACGUCUGUUACCUGAUGGGACGACAGGUUUCAUCAACCAGAAAGGAGUCAAUUAUUACAGCAAAAUCAGUAGUAACCCGGGAAAUGGCAUCUGCUCCCUGUAUCACUUUGGCUUACCUCAGUCCUUAGAAGAUGAAGGUGGCUGGAGAUCUGAAAAGAUCAUCAAGACCUUUGAUAUUCAUGCAAGGUAUUGCUUCAGAACAUUUGGAGACUGAGUGAUCACUAUUAAUGAGCCUUAUGUUGUUGCUGUAGGUGCUUGUGAAAAAGCUGGCCCCAGCAUUGGUACCAGAGCUUACAAGGCAGCUUAUAAUGUGAUAAAAGCUCAUGCUAAAGCCUGACACAGUUGCAGUAAGGUAUUUGAAGAAAACAAAGUGGACUUGUGCCUAUAGCUCUUAACUCAGAUUGGUAGAACCUCUGCGAAUUCUGUAGUAGAUCAAAAAGCAACUAAAGGGUACCUGUCCUUUACCUUAGAUGGGUUUGUCAGGACCAUAUUUACUGCUGGUGAAUAUCCAGCCAUCAUGAAGUCCUGGAUUUCUGCAAUGUAUUCAAAGCAAGGCUACUUAUCAUCAAGGCUUCUGGAAUUCACUAAAGAGGAAAAAAUGGUGAUCAUAGGUACUGCUGACUUCUUUGCUCUCAACUGUUAAACUUAAGACCAAGAAAAUGCAGACUAAGUGUUUCAAUGGACUGUGAAGCUGAGCAAAUAAUGGAUCCUUCUUGGCCUGUUGCAACUGGGAGUUUAUGACUGGCUGUAGUACCAUGGAGUUUGCAGUGACUUCUGUGUUAUAUCAAGGAAUGACCUGAGGGUCACAAGACAAUUUUACCACUCUUAGCUGGCCAAUGAGGGGAUCUGAGAAUCCAAUGAG